CCUUGCGGGUGCUUUUAUUGGAUGUGCCGCUGUCAAGCAGUGCUGAAGAAUUGGAAGGGCAAACGCCAGAAAAGGCAGAGACAAGACAAACAUUGAAAUCAGCAUUAUGGAGCCUGAACCCGCCUCAUGUCCGCUCGCGUCCAACUGAGAUAAUCCUGCCGUCACCGAUUUUUAACAUCUGAAACUUGUGGACACGGAGCGGGGAUUUUUUUUUUCCUUUCUUUUUUUUUAAGAUUUUUUUUUCUCUCUGAGUCUCUCUCUCUUUUUCUCUCUCUCUCAAGCGACUACAUUCUCCAGAGGUGGUACCUCUUCACAUUACAAUCAAACAGCCUCUACAUCUGUUUUUGUCAAGCUCCAGAAUGAGAGGGAAAACCGCGGAGCCUGUCGCGAGCUGCAGCCGGGCUUGGAGCUCUUGAAUCAGGCGGUGGAUCAUCCUCCACCGGGGGGGCGGCGGCGGCGGCGAGCGGGAGCGGAUGCCUGAAUGGAGACUGCGAGCCAUCCACCAGGAUCUCCCCGCUUCCUAAAUUGGUGAAUUUUGUGCGCUUGACAAACGGAGCGUUCCGUCGGGCUGCAUGGCCUUGUGUUUCACCGACGGCGUGUUUGACAUGGGAGCGACUGGCCAGAGAAACGCUCCGCAGUGUGAAUAUUUCAGCCUGUUGAUGAUGAGCCGCUCCGGACCGGAGCAAAGUGUCGUGAGAAUUGCUUUUCUGCUGAGCUGAAGUGGGCAACCAGACUGUUGAAGAAGACUUAAAAAAAAAGAAAGAAAGAAAGGAAAAAAAGAGAGGGGCAAUAUUUUUUUUUGAUGGCUCCUAGGUGGGGGAGGACGGAUACACAUGAAACCUUGGACAUCAAAAAUGGAUAAAACUCAUGCGUAAAGCUGAUGAGGGAGGGGGGGCUCUCAGGCCUACUUGAUAGCAGUGGUGAAGUUGAUGGGGGGGAGUGGAGGGAGUGAGAAAAUGAUGAUGUGGUACGAAUUGAAGGCGAGAAGAAGAGCUGGAGUGAGGGAUAAAAUCCGUGGGGAGAUUGGUAGCUGAAGGAGAACGGAAACCCAAGUUUCUCCAGGACAAGACAGCUGCUUUCAUUGAGGCUCUCCAAUUAACUUCAUGUGAAAAACAGGGAGAGGAAACAGGCUUCCUGGUUGAGGGGUGGGUGGGUGGGUAGGGGGGUCAGAUAGAUAUUUUAUUCAUGCCUUAUGUUGGAGCAACUGGAGAACCGGCUUUCCUGUGGCCUACAUGUUAUACACGCGCACACGUAUGCAUUUGUAGAGGAACACGUAUUUUUGGAGAAUUGUAACCUUUCGGAGGAAGAGUGGACCUUCAGAAACACACAGAGAGGACGAAUGACACUCUUGUAGCCUCAAAAAGUAACGCACUUGGAAAGAAGAGAAGAAGAAGAGAGAAAAAAAGAGGCUGAAGUGGGUUUGAAGCAUGGGCUGUGCUUCAAGUAUUCAUAUCUCUGAUAGGGUGGUCUACCACAGUGGAAAAGAGUCUGAGGAUUCUCACUCACCCCAGCAGACUAAUACAACUCAGCAUCAAGGAAAUCCUGCCUCCGGACUACCCCUAAAACCCCCUAGCUGCAAGACCACAUUAACAGAGGUGCAGUUUGGACCAAUGAAGCUAUUUAAAGACCCACUUCAGGUACUUUUAGUUUUUGCCAAAGAGGACAGUCAAAGCAAUGGCUUCUGCUGGGCGUGUGAGAAGGCCAACUACAGGUGCAGCAUGGUGCGGACGCCUGAAUUCGCUCUCGAAUGCUUCUCAGAGAAGCAUCACGACCUCGUCAUCAUUGACCACAGACAUUCCAGACACUUUGACGCUGAAGCACUGUGCCGGUCAAUGAGAGCGGUCAACUCCUCAGAAAACACUGUGAUAGUCGCCGUUGUGAAAAGGCCAGACAGAGAGGAAGCCUCUGUGAUGCCGCUGAUCAACGCUGGCUUUAAUAGGAGGUAUGUGGAAAAUGUCAAUUUGAUGGCCUGCUACAACGAGCUGCUACAGCUGGAGCAUGGAGAGGUGCGGGCGCAGUUCAAACUGAGGGCUAGUAAUGCCAUUUUCACAGCUCUGGAACAAAGCCAAGACGCCAUCGAGAUCACUUCUGAAGAUCAAGUAAUUCAGUAUGUGAAUCCUGCCUACGAGUCCAUUAUGGGCUACCAACAAGGCGAGCUACUAGGGAAGGAAAUAAUAGAAGUGCCUAAAAGCGAGAAGAAUAAGCCUGAUCUCCUUGAAACGAUUAACUCCUGUAUACGAAAAGGAAAGGAGUGGCAGGGGAUUUAUUAUGCCAAAAAGAAGAAUGGAGACAACAUUCAGCAAAAUGUGAAAAUCACACCUGUGAUUGGACAGGGAGGAAAAAUCAGACACUAUGUGUCUAUCAACAGGCCUUUCAACGAUAAUAAUAAGAGUGAUAAAUCCGCUGAUCGUGUGCAGGCAGAGUCACAAACAGAUAUACAAUCCAAUAAGCACAAAGACCGGAGGAAAGGCUCUCUGGAUGUCAAAUCCAUAACGUCUCGGGGGAGCGAUGGUAGCUCGCAGAGAAGACACUCCUCAAUGGCCCGAAUUCACUCCAUGACUAUAGAGGCUCCCAUCACCAAGGUUAUAAACAUCAUAAACCAGGCACAGGAAAGCAGCCCCAUGCCUGUGGCAGAGGCCUUAGACCGGGUGCUGGAAAUCCUGAGGACCACAGAGCUGUACUCCCCACAGCUGGGCACCAAGGAUGAAGAUCCACACACCAGCGACCUCGUCGGGGGGCUGAUGACGGAUGGUUUACGCAGACUGUCAGGGAACGAAUACAUCCUCGCCACAAAGCAGCCCCACCAUCUGCCAAGUCACCUGGCGACCCCUCUCUCAUUGAACGACAUCCCCCCUCGGAUCGCUCAGACCAUGGAAACUGAGGACUCGUGGGACUUUGACAUCUUUAGCUUGGAGGCUGCGACCAUGAAACGGCCUUUGACCUUCUUGGGCCUCAAGAUUUUCUCCCGCUUCGGAGUGUGCGAGUUUUUAAACUGCCCUGAAGCUACGUUGCGCUCCUGGCUGCAAGUGAUUGAAGCCAACUACCACUCCAGCAACUCCUACCACAACUCCACCCAUGCGGCUGAUGUCCUGCAUGCUACAGCAUAUUUUCUCUCCAAGGAGAGGGUGAAGCAAAGUUUGGAUCCCAUUGAUGAAGUGGCUGCUCUGAUUGCCGCCACCGUGCACGAUGUUGACCACCCGGGCCGCACCAACAGCUUCCUGUGCAACGCAGGAAGUGAGCUGGCCAUUCUCUACAACGACACAGCUGUGCUAGAGAGCCACCAUGCUGCCCUGGCCUUCCAGCUCACCACCAGAGACGAUAAGUGCAACAUCUUCAAACACAUAGAAAGGAACGAGUAUCGAUCGUUACGCCAGGCCGUCAUAGACAUGGUCCUCGCGACGGAGAUGACCAAACACUUUGAACACGUCAACAAGUUUGUGAACAGCAUCAACAAGCCGCUGGCCGCUCUGGAGGAGAACGGGGGAAACAGUGACGAGGAGGCCGUCAAAAGCGUCCUGACGUCCCCAGAGAACCGUAUCCUCGUCAAGCGGAUGCUGAUCAAGUGUGCAGACAUCUCUAAUCCGUGCAGGCCCCUGGAGCUCUGCAUAGAAUGGGCCGGCCGCAUCUCAGAGGAGUAUUUUGCACAGACGGAUGAGGAGAAGAGACAAGGCCUACCAGUGGUCAUGCCUGUGUUUGACAGAAACACGUGUAGCAUCCCAAAGUCCCAGAUUUCCUUUAUAGACUACUUCAUCACAGACAUGUUUGAUGCAUGGGAUGCUUUUGCAGACCUCCCCAAUCUUAUGCAGCACUUGGACAACAACUUCAAGUACUGGAAAGGCCUUGACGAUCGAAAGCUGCACACCCUGCGACCGCCUCCGGAGUAGCUGCUUGUGGCUACUCAGCCCCGGAAAGCCGGGUGCAGAACCUUCUUCUCUCCUGCUGGGGCGCCUCUUCCCCCCGUCAGCCCAGCCCAGCGGCACAGGGGCCUCCUCGCCUUCACUCUCCUGCUUCUGUAGCACGCCGAGCGCCCCACAUGUCCGUCCACAGCAGAAAAACGCACAGAGAGACUUCCCGACACUGCCGAAGCGCUGCUGGCUUUUCACUGUCGGAUGGGAACUGUUAACCGUCGGAUACGGACGUCCAGCAUCCUCAUGAACUUCUUGUGCCUCAUAGGCACUCGCAGUGUCACUGACUGAAAGGAGGACGGGGGGGGGAUUUGAGGGGAUGGGUCCCCACUGGUCUCUGUGGCAAAGCAUCCAUCGUCUGACUACCGCGUAGGCACUCCCGUCUGCCUGUGAAGUUGCUGUUAGCAUCUAAAAAACUGUGUCUAGUCCAUUUAAGGCCAUGUAAUCACUUUUUCAGCCUCUAGCUCCUGCGCUGGCAGCGAGGCAGAGCCGCUCCUAGAAACCAUUGGAGUACACUCCAUCGCUUUUUUUUGUUUGUUUGUUCGUUUGUUUUUCAGGCAAUAUUUCCACGUGUCCUUCAGAAACACAAAGUUGAUACACGGCUGUCAUAACAGAAAUGAGAGCGGAUGCUUCCUUCAUGGGUCAGGAGUGGACCUUUGUCCCAGGCUACCGCUGAGAGACGGCAAAAAAGAAUAAAAAGAAAAAAAAACUCAAAUUACAGGUUAUUUAGUGUGCUAAUAUUUUCUAAAUUUCCAUGUUUUCUAUAAUAAAAUUCACAAAUUAGUCAAUGAGUAAGAGCAGAAUGAAUUUUAGAAUAAGACAAAAAGCCAAAGCUAUUAAAGACGAGUACUACUACUACGCUCAAAAAUUUACAAUUAUUAUUCAUGCGACCCUAUUAUUAAGCAUUUUGUUUUCUUAUCAAGAGUACAGUACCAGUUUGAAUAAACGAAUGAACCCUUUUGUAUUGCACUGUAUACAACAUUAGAAGCAUCUACGUCUCAGUGAUUUGUCCAGGAAUGGGAUGUUGUGUUGGAGAAUAAGCUGUUUUUCUGUUGAUCAUCGGGAGAUCGUCUGCUUGUGUGAACGCAUGUGGGAGUUUGGUUUUCCUUUUUUUGUUUUUUUUCUUCUUCUUCUUUUUGGUCGCUGGUGUGUGAGUGCGCGGGUGUGUUCAUUGUUGCAGCAGUCCCAUACUCCUGGUUUGAUGCUGUAAAACCGCUUGACAUUUGACAACAGCAGCAGAAAUAUGUGAAAAUCGUUUUGGACUUGAUCUUUUUUUUUUUGUCCUCCCAGAAAUUUUUUGUAUCUGGUUUGUCCUACUGAAGAAGAAGAAGAAGAAAAAGACUGCCUUAUUUUGUACAAUAUUUAUACAGUACAUCCCACUGUGCAACUGCAAUGGACAUCUGAAGUUUUUCUUAUAACAGUCAGAAAGUUACACUCAAGUAAAUCUCAAUAUUUUUAUAGACAAUGAAUUUUACACUGGAUUUGCAGCAGAUGAGAUCAACCAUAAUAGCUAUCUGAACACCUGUGAAGGAGAAAGCCACACAGAGCGUGCGCAUAGAGAGCUGAAUGGUAAAGCAGAAUGUGGAUCACAGAGUUGUCUAUCACUGUCUUUAAAGCAGUCUCCUGGAGGCCAGCUUGCAUUGAUUUUUUUUUCUUUGUUUUUUCUUUUGAUCAAAACAUCUCUAUAUUUGGCCAAUCGUCCAACACCCUUAUGCACAGACCCGGGUAACAUCGUUUUUUUUGUUUUGUUUGUUCAAAGUUGGAUUCAGAUUAGGAUACUAAUUUCUACGGUAAAAGAUUGAUGCUUCUUAAGAAGGUUUCCUCUUUAAACAGUAUAUAAAUGCCAUAACAGCUAAGCAACUACUGGUUAAUGAGAUGCAUUAACCACAAUUAAUUUUGUUUCUUAUGACAGAAUUGUACACUUAAUCAGGGGAUUUGUUUGUUCCUUCUGAUUCACGUUUUGGUCUGAAGGCACGGGGGGGAAAAUAGAACCUAUUCAAUGAAAAAUAAAAUGUCAACUAUA